AAUCUCCACCUAGGCGGGCAGUCUUGGAGAAUCCAAAGGCGUGGUGGGCGGCAGAACGAUGGCGGACGCGGAGAAAAACGCUGUUGCGGAGAAAAACGCUGUUGAGACCAAAGAGGUUCUGGAGGAGGCAGCAAACGUUCUAGAACCUGUAGGCUUGCAGGAGGAAGCAGAGCUGCCUGCCAGGAUCAUGGAGGAGUUUAUGAGGAACUCGCGGAAGAAGGACAAGCUGCUCUGUAGCCAGCUCCAAGUUGUGAACUUCUUACAGACCUUUCUGGCUCAGGAGGAUAAUAGUGACCAAAACCCAGAUGCUUUGGCUUCUGAAGAUAAAAGUCGACAGAAGGCAAAUGAAACUAAGGAGGAGUGGAAGGACAUGAAGGCUACAUACAUGGAUCACGUGGAUGUCAUAAAAUGUGCCCUGUCUGAGGCCUUACCCCAGGUGAAAGAGGCUCACAGGAAGUACACAGAGCUUCAGAAGGCUUUUGAGCAACUGGAGGCUAAGAAGCGAGUCCUUGAGGAGAAACUUCAACUAGCUCAGAAGCAGUGGGUGCUGCAACAGAAGCGUUUGCAGAAUCUGACAAAGAUUUCUGCAGAGGUAAAGAGACGCCGGAAGAGGGCUUUGGAGAAGCUUGACGGAUCACAUCAGGAACUUGAAAACCUGAAGCAGCAAGCAGGGCAGGAACAGGAGAAGCUGCAGAGGAACCAGAGCUACCUCCAGCUGCUGUGUUCCCUGCAGAAUAAGCUGGUCAUCUCCGAGGCCAAGGCUGAGGACAAAGAUGGCAAAGGGCGAGAUGUUAAAGGGCGAGAUCUCAAAGCCCUUCCACCCAAGUCUCCCUAAAGGCGAAAGGAUGAGAAGAGACUCAUGUAUUCCGGCUGUGCGCGUACCCUGCUUGGGCUGAGACCAGAGCAGUUCCUUCGCUGUUGUAUCUCUAGGCCGAAGCCUGCAAGCUUGUAGCCUCUGUACAACCUAAUUCACCAAGCUGAUUCAAUCUGGCAUCUUUUGGCUUCUCAGUGAAUUGUUGUGUUUCGUCUUUUGACAGUAUGUUCUGGCUUGUUCUGUCUUCAACUGUGUCUAACAUGCUGUCCCUGCGGCCUGUCUCUGUAAAACUGUGCCAGUGAAAUUGUCACACGCAUGCACGCACGCACACAGGCACGCAUGCCACAACCACCCUUUUCUCUUGCUGAUCUUCAGUAGUCUCUCCUCUUGCCCUCUCUUUUUCUUUGUCUUCUCUUCCCACCAGAUGUGAAAGCAACUUUAUGCGACAAUUGAUGUCAAUUGUCCCGGAGGUUUACUGCUGAAUAAGCUCACCCUUUGUAGUUCUGAAACUCUGGCUGGCUGAUUCAACUCAGCUGUUCUGGUUCAAAACCCGUCUCCAAGCUGACUGAUUCAGGGGGCGCUCUCUUGGCUUCUGACUUAAUUGCUCUGCUUGGAAAGUCUGCUUCUGAACUCCAGGAAUGGAACUGUACUGACUGCCCUGACUCAACUGAACUGAACUGCACUGAAGUGAUUGACUCUUUCCCCCUGUACUGCUCUUAAGUAGCCUCUCUUUCCUGUGCUGUCCUCUUGAGUCAUGCUGUCAUAUCUUUCUCUGGUUCAUCACUUGUCCCUCAGUUAGCCUGGCAAUUUCAAACAUGUCACUUAACAUUUCAGUUGUGGUCACUUAAUACUGCGUUCAGAACUUGAGUCUAUUGAAUCCAGAAUGUGAAUCCAUGCCUUUGUGACUGUGACCUCACUCUCUUCAGUAUUGUGUAAAAGUUUUAGGAACUCUCCAAGUAAAUACUUGGUGAUUGUUCAUUGAUAGAAAAGAAAAAUGCUGUGCAGAUAAUAAUAAAUACAAAACUAUAAGGUUA